AUGGAGGAGUGCAAGAAAAGACAUUCCGGCACUAAAGUUUCAAAGAUUGCGAAUAUAUUUCAAGGGAUGCCGUCAAAAGAGGAAGACGAAGUUCGCGGCAGCGACGUUACAGGCGUCCGGACCGAAAGUCAUUUGGCAAGGUUCAACAACGCACGUGCACUUUUUGAAAAAUUGGGUGAAGAAAAUCGUGGAUUUCGUAUUGAGAAAUCGCCUUCAGCGGCUGCUAGUUUUGCAGGGACCCGUGGAGUAACUCCACCAGCGCGGUCUCGCUCCAGUUCUGCGGGCUCUGUCAGUCCGCCUAGACGAAUUGUGACACCAACGCCGAUGCCGACACCUGCUGUUAAUGGUGACCGUCUGGCAAAUGGUGCAAAUGCACCACCGCCAAAACCUGUGAAGCCGAGUGUUUUACCCAAACCUGAAAAGCCAGAUAGAAGGUUUAACAAAGAGCUCAUAGAAAAACAGAGAAAUUGGACUGCACACUUUAACAAAUCUCGCCAAUCUCGAAAUGAUGAACCUAAAGUGGACUCUAAUAAAUACUGCAGUAGUUAUCAAGACAGAAAGUCACCGGACGCUCAUGAAAGAUAUGUAGUUCCUUCGCGUGUUUAUUCUCCACCACUUUCGCCUUGCGCCGGUGAUACCCAAUUGGAACGUCCUACUACUCUUCCUUCUUCGUUAUUAAAUCGAGUCACAUCUACAACAAAAACUCCGAGCCCUAUAAAAAUAGUUACACCGGUGUCCCCAAGAGCUAAUAAUUCAGUGUCACCAAUACCGAGGCCCGAAUCGUCAGUUUCUCCGCCAACACGAAGGGAACAUGUAAAGUCACCGAGUAAAAACAAAUCUGAUUUGGCAUCUCAACUUAAUACCUCCAGUGAAAAGAGUUCUCCUAGUGUUAGAUCAUCGUUUUCCCCUCCAAGUGACGAUGAAAGAAGUGAAAAUAAGGAAAAUAACGAUUUUCCAUUACAUAAAUCAAGUGAACAAACACUGUAUAGUGAACAAAUACAGUAUAUAGAACGAGUUUCCCCUACGCCACCAGUUUCGGUUCCGCGAAAACAAAAAUCACCAUCACCUUCGGCAAGGUCGCCAAAAUCUCCAGUUUCGCCACUAUACUAUGAAAAAGAUAGUUUACCUUCAGCUGGACGUGAAUCUUCUGAGUCACCAGUGGCCUCAAAUCCGAUUGAAACUCCAUCGUCCGAUAAUGUCGUGGAUGUAGCUCCCACUGAUGGAAAUUCGCCUAGUGUUACAUCUCAUGAUUCGCCUGUCCUGCUGUCCAACUCUGACGACAACAACACAAAAAAUAUUAGUGAACGUGUAUCUCCAACACUUGUCAGUCAAGUAACUUUGGACAAUGGCUCAAGAUCAUCGAAAAUAUUGGAUGAAGAUGUGUAUGAGUCUGUAGAUUAUGGAGGAGAAUGGGAAGAAAAAACCAGACGGCGUUCUUCAACGCCUGAAUCUCCUACGUGUCCUGUGAAGGUUGAUGAUGCACCACACUCUCCACUGGUGUCACCGCUAGCGUCUCCGGUACACCGUAUUGCGGAGUCCUCGCCUCCUUCUCUUCAAGCUUCACCCUCGCCUGCGGGCGGAGGUCGCAAGUCGUCCGAGGCGGAAGAAAUACCGCGACGGAGUGGAUCUCGGGCGUCCAGCGUGUCGGACGAGGGAGGGUUCAACGAGCCCUCGCCCGAGGUGGUGGCGCGGUUACGACCUGCAGACUACCGAGAGCCGCCUCCACCUGCACCCCCUCUCACAAGAGACAUACGGGACGCAGAGCGCGCGCGAUCAGAUCCUGACACACUCUCCGUACUCCAGCAGGACUCCGGCGUGGUAGUGAGUGAAGCGAGCCAAGGCUCCAUAGAGGUGCUCGACAAGUCGACCACCAGCCAAUGGAGCGUGUCGGAGGGCGAGAACGCGUCCGGGGAGAGCGGGCGCGGGGGAGACACGGCCGACGCUCGGUGGGACGACGCCGACGGAGACUCCAAGCAACCCGACAGCAUGACCCCCGACGAGGCCGAGAUACUGCUCAGCUCGAGUAUUCUGGAGAAAAAACUUAGACAAGAAGCCUUGCUGUCGGACGAGCAGGCGCAGGAGAUCGUCGCCAUGUUGUCGCCGCACGCGCUGCCGCACGACAACGGCGUCUCCCUCAACGACAGCUACCAGUCUGUGCUCUCGUACGAGAGCAUGCAGUCAGUGGACGAGAGCUACGAGUUUGUGUCAUUGGAGGCGGACUCGGGGCUGGCGGGCGGCGACCGGCGCGCGGCGGCCGAGCCGGCCGACGGCGGCGACGCCGCGCCCGCCACUGUCUUCGACCACUACCCGCCGCACCAACUGCGCGAGCUCGGGGAGGAGAACGGCAUACACUACUUCGAAGAUGGACACUUCUAUACCGAGGUUGCCGGACUUCCGCCUAUUGAGGAAGAUGAAGACGAAGAUUAUUACCCACCAGUAUUUGUCAAGAAAAAUACCAAAGUUAAAUUCAGUACGAAUCCAAUGCGCGUUUUUUCGACGCACUCGGUGCGCGAGUACGACAGACGCAACGAGGACGUUGACCCCGUGGCCGCCAGCGCGGAGUACGAGCUGGAGAAACGGGUCGAGAAGAUGCACGUCUUCCCUGUAGACCUCGUCAAGGGGGCGGAUGGACUUGGGCUCUCCAUUAUCGGUAUGGGUGUUGGUGCGGACGCUGGGUUGGAGAAGUUAGGAAUAUUCGUUAAGACUAUAACCGAAAGUGGCGCCGCCGCACGAGACGGACGCAUACAAGUCAACGACCAAAUUAUUGAAGUCGAUGGCAAGAGCUUGGUGGGUGUGACACAAGCAUAUGCCGCGUCUGUACUGAGAAACACGUCAGGGCCUGUGAAGUUCCUCAUUGGACGUGAGAAGGACCCUGAAAACAGUGAAGUAGCACAUCUCAUUAGACAAUCACUUGCAGCAGACAAGGAGAGGGAGGAAAGAGCCAACCGCGAACGUCAGCGUCGCCAGCAGGCCGAGGAAGAGGACUCCAACCAGGCAGUGCCUGUAGAGACGUCCGCGGCACAAACUAGACACCCAGAAAUUAAUGAACUCAGGGCUUUCUUACAAGAGUUGGUGGGCAUGGAGUCUGGCGGCGGUAGUCCGGAGGAGAUUAGCGCGCGGUUACGGGACUGGUGUCAGGCGCGGGCGCCAGACGACCAUCUACGCCGCGCGCUCUCUACUGCCGCCGACAACGCGCACCGGGCUCAGCGCAAAUACGAUAAGGCCCGGCGCGCCCUGCGCGAGUGGCGGCGCACGCGCGCGCUGGUGCGGGCGCGCGAGGAGUGGUGGAGCGGCGCGCUGCGGGACGCGCACCGCGAGUACGGCGCCGCGCUCUCCGCGCUGCACGACCGCGUCGCGCGCCUCGAGGUGCUGCUGCUGGAGACUCAGAAAAAAGCUGGUCUCCCGGUGAUGUUGCCGCACGAACCCUCGGCUCGUCGCGAAACACCGCCCCUGCCUCGCCGACCUGAUCCAGAUCCGCUUUUGAUCAACAAUCCAUGGAGUUCUGACAGUGAUCUCUCCGAUCUAUCGCCUGUCGAGGACGAAUACGCUAAAGUGGACAAGUCGAGGCGAUGUGAAGCGCCCGACAUAGGAGACGUUACUGAGUCUGCUGUGGAAGAGGCUAAACUAGUAACAACCUCGCCUCACGUGACGCAAGCUCCGCCUCACGUGAUACAAGCCCCGCCCCACGUGUCGCAGGCCCCGCCCCACGUGACGCAAGCUCCUGCUCCGUCAGCCGUCACUACGUCGCAUGCUGUUUAUGCAACUGUCGGACCUCACACCACGCAUUCUUCGGCAACACCGACUAAUCAUCAAGAUACUCAGUCGACAUCGUCAGUGUUGGGCGGGGGUUCAGUGAGCAGUGUGGGUGUUUCGAGUGGGCAGGUGGGGCUGAGUCAGUCGUCGCUGGGUGCGUCCCGCGAACUGGACGCCGCCGUGCCGCGCGGCGCGCUACUCGACAACUCGGCGCACCGUGCGCGCACCGACCUCGCGCGACAUCGCCACGCCGCGCACUCGCCGCAUUCUCCACACUCGCUCAGUAACGCCAGCUCGUACGAUGGGCUCGACGACUCGUAUAACGACUCCGCGGACGAGUCGCUUAGCGAGUCUACAUCAGGUGGACCGCCUCACAUUGGCCAGCAUCGCGACACCCGUCAGAGUUGUGGCAGUUCCGUGGGUAGCGCGACUGAUGAUGCCGUGUACUCCAGAGACCACAGGCAUCAUCCUCUCACUGGUGCGAGUGCGUCGCUGGCCGAGCAGCUGAAGCAGGUGCUGGCGGAGCGCGAGCGGCGCCUGGCGGGCGGGGCGGGGCCGGGGCCGGGGGCGGGGCUGGGGGCGGGAUCGCCGCUGUCGCAGGCGUCGCCGCCCGUGCCGGACGCCGUGCAGCUGACCAAUGAGCUGGUGGACGAGAUCCGCCAGGCCGUCAGCGAGGCCAACGCCCGAGUAAAGAAAGCUCCGGCGUGUGUAGUCGGCGGCGAGGUGCCGUGGCAACCGCUGUCCAGCGCCGUGUCCGAGGCCAGCCUCACGCCGCCGCCGCAGGCACAGGCGCAUCCCGUCAACCACUGGACCAAGCAACAGGUGUGGCAGUGGGUGUCGGGGCUGGGCGAGGGGUUGGAGCGUCACGCGGGGGCCUUCGCGGCGCGCGGAGUGGACGGGGCGCUGCUACUGGCGCUCAGCUCCGCCGACCUGAAGCUGCUGGGGCUGGGCGGGGACGACCGCCGCCGUAUGAAACGACGCCUCAAGGACCUACGCUCCGCGCAUGAGAAGCACCUCAAGGCCCUCAAGAAGGCCGAGAAGAAAGCCAAGAAGAAGUAA